AUGCGACCUAAUCGUCUCAAUUCUAGAGCAUCAUCAGCUACUUUAUCCCUCAGACGACAGCAAGAUGUCGCAACCUUAUUCGCAGAUGAUUCUAGUAUCGCUCAAAACUUACUACGAGGUCAAGUAAUCCCUAUCAGAAGAGCAUCCAUUAGAGCACUUCCAUCGGAUCCAAAUAUUUCUUUAGUUUUAGCAGGAGAUGGCCCUUCGGUCGCCGACGAGCCUUCAGACGUAGUACAGCAACCAAGGAUUCGACGUGGUCUUUGCAGCAGUAAUACCUGGACUUCCUCAAGUGCAGGGGGCGAGUCUGAAAACGACGACUUGGAUGAUCGCACGCAUUUUAUAGAAGAAUUCAAUCGACUGGCGGAUAAGCACGGCGUACGAAAAUUUAUUCCCAGUGAAUACGAGGAUAUUCCUUGUAUCGAGGAUGGACCUGAUAAGCAUGGUAAUUGGUUAUCCAGAAAGCUCUUCAGGCGGACGUCCUCAUCUCAGACACCCGUCGUUAAAUCUAAGAAGGCAGAGCGACGGGAUCUCAAGAAAAUGCGAAGCAUUAGCGAUUCGUUACGGCUGAAGAGCAGAAGAGACUCACUCAAGGAUAGAGAUCUGGUAGAACUUGUUCGUUUGUGCGGAUCAAGUCUGUUAUACCUUCCAGCCGAAUAUGCUGCGAGUAGCUUAACUUUGCCAACUUGUAUUCGUGCUACAGCUCAAUAUUUGAUACAGCAUGCUCCUACCACCCGUGGCGUAUUUCGUAUACCAGGAUCUCAACACACGAUUAGCCUCAUUUAUGAACAUUAUUGUUCGAAAGGAGACGAAGGACAUAUUGCGGGAACAGUAAGAUGUCCGACUUUACCAGACCAUAUUGACUGUGAUGUGCAUGACGUUGCGUCUGCGUUCAAGAGAUUUCUCUCUGGUAUCCCUGGUGGUAUUUUGGGGUCACUUCCAUUAUUCGACGCCCUCGUCUCCAUCCAAACACAUCUUAGAGGCGAUCCAGAAAUGACACGAACUAAGCAUAGUAAAGUUCGAGCGAGACUUAUUGCUUUGUCUAUCUCGACUUUAAGGUCAACAUAUAGGCGAGAACUUAUCUGUGCAGUCCUAGGGUUACUCUGUAUGGUUGGUCGUGCAGCGGAGACAGCGCGAAGGGAAGACGAUCGGGGCAGGCCUCUUCCUACUUCAGAUCUUAUGGGCUAUAAACCAUUAGGGAUUGUUUUUGGACCCCUACUUGUGGGCGAUCUAAUGGACAACUACAAUAUUCGCUUGGCCAAUGGCCACGGUAGUUUGGUCCUCACCCCUUUGAGUCCACCAAAAACUAAGAAGGAAAGGAAAAAGCAUAAAAGCGCAGAAGAAGGUGUUACUUUCAAUAAUCUAGUUGACAAAAUCAAGGUUGCCGGUGAAAUUACGGAAAUGCUCAUCACUCAUUGGCGUGAUGUAGUUCGCCAUAUGAAGAAUCUGGAAGCUCUGACAGCCGUCCAGGGAAGCAAAAUUAUGGAUAUUCGAGGGAGGAAACCACCCAUUUUACGUCCUUCGAUGUCAGAAUCUUUCUCCUUACGGAGGCCUCCCGACUGGACAUAUGACAAACCCAAUAGGAAUGCUGGCAGGAGUCAAUCUCCAACACCGCCACAGCGUAGACCCUCACCUCGUUCAUGUCCAAGGCAUAGCAGCGGAGAUAAUACUGAACGACAGGCCACUGAACAGCAGGCACUUGAUGACUACAUGAAUCCCUUGCAGUUUGAUGCCCUAUCAGUCACAAAACAACGAUCGCGUCAAAGGUUGUCACCAGGAGAAGCUCUUAAGAACGCAAAAUCUUCAAGUGCUCUUUCCACAGCUCUGGUAAAGGAGCAUCCCGAUGAAAAUUAUUUUGAAGAUAGUGAUCUGAGUUUCAAGCAAACCCCACAAAGUGUUAGACCAUCUUUAUCUAUGAAAAAUGGAAAAGAUAAUAAUCAAAAGAGUCCAGCCGUAGAACAUACUACUGAAUGUCGUGUCAAAGGUAUUGUUCGAAGGCUCGAGAGCGAAUCUAUUGAAAUUGAAGAUCUGUCACCUGUCAGAGAUCCCAAGGACUUGGGACAUGACAAGAAAUUGGACACACAAUCAAGCCCACUAUCACUAGACUCGCAUCCGAAGAAGAUCAAGAAGACUAGCUCAUCUUCUCUCUUACAGGACAACGAUCAAAAGCAUAUGCAAGUCUCUGCGCCAAGCCAUCAUGAUACCCCAUCCAACAGAGAAAAUCAUAUCAGAUUUGCGCCAAGCACAUCCCAUGCUCAGGAUGCCAAAGAUUCUCGAAGGCGUCAAGGAUUUACAGGCUCUGAUUACUCCAAGGGAAAUAGCCCUAAGGAUCCACUUUCUAAGGUCUCACAUGAGGAUGACCUAGCAUCCUUAGCUGUGCUGGGACAAGCCCUGGAAUCGCCUGGUAUAUCGAUGAAGUCCGAGGUAAAGUCGAUAAAGUCUACCGAGAAAUCUGAUAACCCGACGAAAUAUGAUUCAGGUAUAGGUUUCAACGAGAAAAUAGAGGCAGAGAAACCAGUUGAGAAACCUAGCACACCGAGCUUUUUACGUCCCCAACUGUCUCGCCAGAGUUUUCCUGAUACGCCAAAAUCCGCAAAGGUUUAUGUGCAUGAUGACCGGUCUGGAAUUAAGAGCAAUGUUUCGCGAAAAACUGAUUCUGCUGCACCUGUUAUUACAACAUUAGUGGAGCCUAAGGUUAUCCAGGCGAAAGGAAAACCUGCUCAUGAAACGGCUUCACCUGCUACCUUGUCAAAAGUAGCCUCGAUCAGAGAAAUGUUUCGAAAGCGAAAGUCCGACAGCCGAUCAUCAAAAUCAACCGAAGAUAACCACAAGAGUGAGCCUUCUAGGCCAGUCACAGAGAAUCACACGGAACCCCAUUCACGAAAGAUUCCCACUCCCGAGCCUGCUCGAACACCUAAGAAGGUCAGUGUUAGGGCCAUGGCAGAGAAAUUCGAUACUGUGAAGGCAACAACUCCUCUAUCGUCAUUAGCCCCAGUCAAAUCUACUAUACCAAUACCUAUAACAUCGGUCGAUAAUCGAAGAGGCGAGGGUGUUAUCUCGCCUUAUACUAUCAAUCCGCCACCAUCGCCAACAAGAUCAAUUGCAUCUUUCAAAUCUGGAAAGUCUGUUCGUUCUUUCCGUAAUACGGGCUUAUCUCAGCGCUUUCAGCAAGCUCAAGAACAUUCAUCGCCCACCAAAAUGCAAGCUCCUAAGAGAGUGUUGAGAGAUUUUGUACCAGAACCUAUCCCACCACAAGUCAUAGUUGAGAAUUCUCACGAAGACUCUGUAGCCUCAUUGAGACGUCCGCUUUCUACCUCCAAUUCUCUCACCGUUCCACUGAAACCAGUGAGUCAUCAGCCACCUAUGCCAACUAGACAAGCUGGAAUGGAUGGUGCAUAUAGUAGUAUUGGCAAUUCUGAUAUUCUGUCUUUGACAUCAUCAGAAUUUGAAGCUGCACACACUUUUCUACAGUCACAAUCGCAACUUGCUCACGAUGCAACGCUUUCAAAGAAUACUUUGACUCGUGGCAACACAGUCUUACACUCGCAGAUACGCAGUCUCCAACAACAGGUAUAUGAAAAAACUGAACAAGUACGGCAAUUGCAACGACGAUUUGAAAUAAGAUCCAGCUCUGAUACUGAGCAUAUCGGCUUGACAGAACAAUUGAGAGAAUCGAGAGAGGAAGUAGAGAUGUGGCGAAGAAGGGCUGAAGCAGCCGAGAGAAAGUUGGAGCUGAUGGAUAUUAUUAGGGCUAGAAAUGAUUCGAGGAUGGAGGAGCAGCGAGGACUCAUCCAUCAAGCUAAGAGUGUUCAAGCUGAAGAUGACAUUAUUUCACAUGGAAGAGGAUAUAGUGUUGAAGGUGGUACGAGGAGACUAAUUUUGAGACGAAGGAUGACUGGUACGAUGAGCCCGGAGGACAGCACCGGGAGCAAUGGUACUGUUGUUAGAGAGAGGAGUGGAAGAUGCGUGGAUGGAAGUGAGAUUUGUGUGGAUGUUAACACGGAUGGGGUUAUACAUAAAGAUUGGGCAAAUCAGACACUUUCCAUCCUGGAUGGUUUUAAAAGUUGGGAGGACUGA